AUGAACCAGAUGGAGUUGAACCAGUCUGAUCACUGUGGGCAUUCUUCCUGUCCAGAGAGAUCUAUAUCUGUUACAGUCUAUAUCUUACUCUAUGUAUGUGCAGCUGCUGUGGUUCUGCUAACAGUGUGUGGAAAUCUUCUCAUCAUGAUCUCAGUUUUUCACUUUAAACAGCUUCACACACCAACAAACACCCUUGUGCUCUCUCUGGCUGUGUCAGAUUUCCUCAUUGGUGGUUUUGUGAUGCUUCCAACAUUUAUUUGGAUGAUUGAGUCAUGCUGGAUUUUUACACCAGGUUACUGCAUCUGUUUAAUGAUCACAUCUUUGUUUCUUGUAAACUUGUCCAUCUAUAAUGUUGCUUUGGUCUCUGUAGAUCGGUAUUUGGCUCUCUCAAACCCAUUUUUCUACACAAACACAGUUACUAGGAGGCAAAUGUGCAUUGUGGUUUAUUCUAACUGGUGUUUAAGUAUAGUGUAUAGCUCGGUGCUCUGUUAUUUUAAUGGAAACUUGGGUUUCGUAAUGUGUCCUGGAGAGUGUUUUUUCUUUCUUAAUAAUGUCUGGACUGUAAUUGAUCUUGUACAUUCAUUUAUAUUUCCACUUUCUAUUAUAAUCAUAUUGUAUACUGGAGUUUUUGUGAUUGCUAGGAAACAUGCCACUGCUAUCAGAGAGCUUAAUAAUUACACACGGAAUAAAACACAGAAAAUCACCUCACACUCAAUGAAAUCUGAGAGAAAAGCAGCUAAAGUCCUCGGCAUUUUAGUGUCUGUGUUUCUGGUGUGUUUACUUCCAUAUUUUAUUUAUAGUUUGCUAGGUGGUGUUAUUGACGUACAGCGAGAAAAUAUUCUUAAAGUUUUCAUUAUGGCGCAUCUUAAUUCCACCAUAAAUCCAUUUAUUUAUGCUCUGUUUUACCCAUGGUUUAGGAGGUGCAUUAAAAUAAUAAUAACUUUGCAAAUAUUCCAAACGAGCUCUGCAUUAAUGAAUGUCCUUUCAUGA